GCUCACCAACAUUAGACGGAAACGCAACCAACCUUGUGAAUGACGGCUUGCUUUUAAGAAACACAAACGGCAACUACUUAGAAAAAUGUACAGUGCGAAAAAGAUGGCACGCGAGUCCAGGCAUUAAACUCAGUCAAAGCAAACGAAUGUUUUUUUUUUCAGAAUCGCUUAUUACGCAGGAUCGUCUACGAAUGAUAAAGUUAUGUGUGUGCGCGUAUGAAGUAAUUAAGUAAAAGAAACGGAAACAAAGAUCCCGACUUGAGGUGCGGGCGAGCGCACAGUCAGCGAGCCAUCUGGUUGGGUGCGCGCGGGCAAAGCCUUGACGAGCGUCUUUUUAGGAGCGCGCGCCCUGCUCUUGUGACUCGCUGCGGCUGGAGGUAGCGGUGACUAAUCACAAGUCGAGCGAUUCUUUUAAAUCAUCCGCCGUUUAGGAGAAUUUCUCAAAAUAGCAGCGCACUCGUAGAUCUUGCCUGAAGCCGUACUGCCACUCGUCAGUUUUGAACGCCGCAGUGGUGUUGGUGAGUAAAGGUGAUCGUAGUUUGGGUUUAUUGGCGCCGAAGUAAGGAGCCCCUUUCAAUUGUCCAACGAUAGACCGGAACAAAUGAACGUUUUGUGCAGUUUACAUACAUUUGAUUUUCUUUAAAAUGCAUCCCUGCCAAGAAGCAAUAUUGUGAAGUCGUUUUAAAAGUCAGGACAGUCGACAUAUUUGGUUCAUGGAGAACACGGGACAACGACACGUAAAAGCAAUGGAAUGGGACGGGGAUGGAAGAAGCCGUGCUGCGGAGUAAAGGAGCUCACCUGGGACGAAGAAGGAAAAAACACGCGCCUGUCCACAUGCUACACUAACAUGCGUCCAAGAGGAAUGUUUAUAAUUAUUUUGUAGUGGAGCCAGAUGUCUUGUAUAUGGUACUUUAUUACAGCCUGUUGGAUGGCCAUGAAUAUGAUCACUCUAGUAAAGGUCAAAGGAGCAAAAGUUGUUGUCUGUGAACAGGGUUCCAUAAACUCCAGCCAAGGAACAGAGGUGAAAAUGGGAAGUUCUCUAUCAGUUCAGUGUACUUUCUACGAGAAAGGGAGUGAAAACUGCAGGAAAACUAUUUUACAGGAUCAUAUCGAGCUCCCUACUAAACGACGAAAUCAGACAGCUGUUUAUUCGGAAAUUAAGGAACUCAGAGUAAACAAAACAACAUUUGUUUGCAAAACAAAUUGUAACACCAAGCCUAUCACCUGUGGGAUUGACAUUAAAGUUGGAUACCCACCUGAAGAACCUACACAUUUGAGCUGCAUUCAGAAAGGAGAAUUUGGGAACAUUACAUGUACCUGGCAAACAGGAAGACAUCCUCUUAUUAAAACUACCUCUUUAUUGUGGGUGAAAAAUAAGACUCACAAGUUAAGCUUUAUAAAUACCAACCCUUCUUUUGGAGAUGUAACGUUUUCUCUGCUCGAUGAGGAAUCACAGUAUUCUGUUUGGGUCAUUGCUUCAAACACCUUGGGAAAUGCAUCCUCUCAAAUUUUAAAUUUCAGCCUUCAAGAUAUAGGCAAGCCUUUUCUUUAUAAAUAUUUUCUUUCCAAUAGCAAAGAUGCAGUGUACUCUGUUUAA